CUCACAUGUCACCCAACUCACAAGAGGCAAGCCCCAUCCGCGUCCCAGCCUUUUCUGUCUCCAAAUUACAAAACACCCCCCACGAAUUUUUUUUUAUUUUUUAUUUUUUGGUUCUUCUAAAUCUAAAGUAAUGGAACACAAGAGAUAAUUAGAUUAUAGUACUCGUAAGAAAAUAGGAGGAGGAAAAGAGGGGUGAAAGGAAAAGAAAAAGAGGCUUUUUCAUUUUUCCCACCUGAAGAAACGAAAAUCAAACAGUCUUUUUUCUCAAUCCCUCUCUAACAAUGAGUCUCUUCGGUCUUGGAAGAAAUCAGAGAACAUUCCGCCCCAAAAAAAGUGCACCUUCUGGAAGUAAGGGCGCACAGCUUAAAAAGCACAUUGAUGCUACCCUGGGCAGUGGAAACCUAAGGGAAGCAGUGAGGCUACCUCCUGGGGAAGAUUUAAAUGAAUGGCUCGCAGUCAACACUGUGGAUUUCUUCAAUCAGGUGAAUCUGCUCUAUGGUACCCUGACUGAGUUUUGUACUCCUGAGAACUGUCCUACAAUGACUGCAGGCCCUAAGUAUGAAUAUAGAUGGGCAGAUGGCGUGCAAAUCAAGAAACCUAUCGAGGUUUCUGCCCCAAAAUAUGUCGAAUAUCUAAUGGACUGGAUUGAAACACAACUUGAUGAUGAAUCGAUAUUUCCUCAAAAACUGGGUGCACCAUUUCCUCCAAACUUCAAAGAUGUAGUGAAGACAAUAUUCAAAAGACUGUUCCGAGUAUAUGCCCACAUCUAUCACUCUCACUUUCAGAAAAUUGUGAGCCUUAAGGAGGAAGCCCAUUUGAACACAUGCUUUAAGCAUUUCAUACUUUUUACUUGUGAAUUUGGGCUGAUUGACAAGAAAGAGCUAGCUCCACUUCAAGAGCUCAUUGAAUCCAUCAUAGUCCCCUACUAAUUACAGGACUGGACUUUGGAGAUCCUGAUGAUGUUUCUUUCUUCUUUUCUUUUCUUUUCUCUUUAUUUUAGGGAUGCAAAGUCAAAUAAAUUAAGAGACUGUUAUAGCAGACGACUUAAGAAACAAGUGUCUCUAAUUUAUAUCUGUGUGUUAUAAAUGCAAGUUCAUAUGUCAUGUUCCUUGAA